AUGGAUUUGGGGGUUUCUGAUGAGAUGUUAGGCACUUUUGUGCCUAUAGUAGUUUACUGGAUUUAUUCUGGGAUUUACGUCGUUUUGGGGUCGUUUGCUGAGAGUUAUCGGUUACAUUCGAGGCAGGAAGAGGAUGAAAAAAAUUUGGUGUCGAAGGGUGCUGUGGUUAAAGGUGUUCUCAUCCAACAAUUAGUUCAGGCCGUGGUUGCAACCCUCAUGUUUGCGCUGGCAGGAAGUGAUAACCAGAAUACUACCGGCCAGAGUACUUCUCUACUUGCUUUAGCAAGACAAUUUGUUACUGCUAUGCUUGUAAUGGAUGCAUGGCAAUACUUUAUGCACAGAUACAUGCAUCACAACAAGUUCCUAUACAAACAUAUCCACUCUCUUCAUCACAGACUCAUUGCACCCUAUGCUUUUGGAGCUCUGUACAAUCAUCCUGUUGAGGGGCUUCUGAAUGACACUGUUGGUGGGGCUCUAUCUUUCCUAAUAUCUGGGAUGAGUCCUCGAGCCUCCAUCUUCUUUUUCUCCUUUGCCACCGUUAAAACGGUGGAUGAUCACUGUGGGUUAUUGCUCCCCGGAAACCUUUUCCAUAUAUUUUUCAAAAACAACUCAGCCUACCACGAUGUACACCAUCAGCUAUAUGGCAACAAGUACAACUUCUCACAGCCAUUCUUCAUUAUGUGGGACAAAAUCAUGGGUACCUACAUGCCAUACACAUUGGAGGAGAGGGAAGGUGGUGGUUUUGAAACUAGACCUUGCAAAGAUUACAAGGAUGAUUAA